UAUUAAACGUGUUUAGAUAAAUUCAAUCUUAUCAGGAUAAAGAUAAGAUUUGUUACCAGCAGAUAUUAAAUAUUGUGUGAAACGUGCAGUUCAAGAACUUAAGAAACAGGAAAUUGUAGAAAACUUAACUUGAUCAAAAUAAUUAUUACGACAAGGAUGUUCAUUAUUUUGUUAUUACUUAUUCCUAUUGUAUAUUUGACGUGUCAUAUUUAUACGCACUAUGGACCGAAUGGACGAUUACUUCAUAAAAUACCAAGACCACCAGCUUCCAAUUAUUGGUCAUUUAUUGCUAUUGCGAGGUACACCAGAAGAACUUUGGAAAAUGUUUUCUGAAUAAUUUGAACAAUAUUAUCCGAUUGGAAAAAUUUGGACCUUUUUUACAGCUGCAAUAACUAUUCGUCAUCCCGAUGAUUUGGAGGUAAUACUAAAUGGUACAAAGAUAUACAGAUAAGAGUAGAAUUUAUGAUAUGUUUCAUCCUUGGUUAGGUACAGGUCUUCUUACCAAUGGAGGCUCUAAAUGGCAAUCACGACGAAAGAUAUUGACUCCAACUUUCCAUUUCAAUAUACUACAGCAAUUUGUUGAAAUUUUAAUCGAAGAAGGCGAAAGAAUGACGAAUUCUUUGAAAAAUGCAGGAGACUCUAUUACAAAAGAUUUAACACCGUUUAUUAAUGAACAUACCCUGAAUGCAAUUUGUGAAACUGCUAUGGGUAUCUCUCUACAAGGAAUGGGUUCAUUUCAGCAACAGUAUCGAAAAGCAGUUCACCGGAUGGGUGAACUUUUUGUUUAUAGACUUAAAAGUUAAUGAAAUCUAGGAAAAUUUCAAUAAGAUUUAAAAGUAGUAAGCGGAUCAAUCAUGACAAACAUUUUCAAAAAUUAUUUGAUUGC